CACGCUGUCGUACUAUUAUUUUAUGCUUCAUUGUACCUUCGUUUUACUUCCUAAUCCUCCUUAACUAAAUGUUUUUGAUGACAUUUUUGAACGCUUCCUUCCUGUUGUUGUUCUAAUUUUAUAUAUAUAUUGCAAGCCAAUCUUUGCCUACCAAGGUAAUAUUCUCUCUGGUUCAAUAAUGGCUUAUUCUUCAGGCAAUGGUGAUUCAGGGUGUUUCCACAACAUGUUUCGCCGGAUUUCAUGCUUUAGGAGUCUUCCGACUCACCCAGCCGACCACAUUGUUGAGUCAAAGACAGUCAAGUCCGAGGAACAGAAGGAAAAACCAAAAGCUGCAGCAAACCCAGGAAUCGUGGCAAGACUAAUGGGCUUAGAAUCAUUGCCGGAGAACAAUUGGGUUUCAAGAAAAGGAAUCUCGGAUUCAGUUGUGCGAAGUAGGUCGGUGAAUUUUGCUGAUUAUUUGCUGGAGUUUGAUUUAACUCAAGCCCAGCAGCACCGCCGGGUUAGAACAUCGGUGUCGUUUCGGGAGGUUCCAACGUUGUCGCAUCAGCAGAAUCGUGAUUUCUUGGUUGUGUGCUUAAAUGAUGGGGAUGAAAGCACCAAGGGAAUGAGGUCGAAGGUGAGGAAAUCUGAGGUGGGUUUUGGAGAAAUGAAGCAGAGGAAGGAACAGAGGAGCAAGAACAAGGAGAGUAGGAGGGACAAAGAGGUUGUGAAGAAGACGGAGAAUCGAGGAAACAACAAGAUCUCUAAGUUAAGGGAUGAGCCUCGGAGAAUCCCCACCAAUCUAUCUUCAAAGGUUGGUAAUGGGAAGACGAAAAGUGCAUUGAAGCCGAAAAAUCAGAAGAAACUUUUCGUUGAACACAAGUUCACAAGGAAAAGAAAAGUUCAGCCUUUAGCUGUGAAAGUAGAGCCCGAAUGUGACUCUCAGAAUGCAAGUCCAGUGUCUGUUCUUGACGUAAAUGAUUCCCCGAUGCAACAAGAGAGUAAUAUAUCAGAACCUUCAAGGGCAAUGAAGCUGAAUUUAAGUCGAAAAUUUUCAGGAAGAGUUUCUUAUACUGAUGAUCUCAGAGAAGGAGCAAUGAAGAAGAAGGAUUGCGACUCUAUGGACAUCUCAGGGAAUCAAUACUACAAGGAAGUGGUGGGGAAUCUUUAUAGGUUGACAGAAAAUGAUAUUAAGGAGUCAAAUUGGAUAGCAAAGAACUUCCUUGGAUUUGAAGGCUUUGAAGAAGUCUGCAUGGAGUUCGAGCAACAAGUUCUCGAUGUACUACUGAAUCAGGUUGUUGAUGAAUUUGUGGAAAUUCCAGAGAAAAGCCAAUGAAUCUUGAAAUAGAGAAAUGAUAAUGGUGUCUUUCAAAUGUAGAGGAUAGUGCUUUUUGGUAGUAUCAGGAGAAGAUCAAAUUGAGAACUUUAAUAAGUAGAUGAUGGAUAGAAUUCAAUUAUGCAAUAUUAUUGAAAGCUUAAAUGUAAUUUACUACCCUCACAAUUCUGUAGUGCAGCCAUAUAUUGAAAUUGUAAACGGCUCUCAUCACUCCAAGUGACUACAACUCUACAAUCAUUAACUAUCUAAUAAAAUCACAGAGGUUGAUC